UGUUCACAUGAAUUGAAGUUUAUAAACUUGUCUGAGCAACGAUGACGGCAAUAAUUCGAACCGCACGGAAAGGUAGCGUAGUUGGUUUGUGCUCCCUGUUUCUGGAUACAGUCAAACACCUGUGGAUUAUUAAACCUCAGACUGUGAAAAAGCAAUAACCUGGAUGAUUUUGCGGCUAUGGAAAGACUAUACUAACUAAAUCUCUUCGGUCAUUCUGUCGAUGCCUCUUGAUUAAGUCUAUUUUAAUCGUGGAUUUGAAGACAUUCCAAAUUCGAAACUAAUGUGCAUACGGUAAGAUCGGAGAGCUUUGUCUGCAUCACCUUAAUGGCCGGUGAUAUGGAAGACCCCAUAGACUGGUCUACACUGUAGGAUGGUUGCACAUAGUAACGUAGGCAAUGCAUUAGCAACAGAUAACAGAGCAAGGAUUGAUCUUUCAGCACCUGAUACCUUGCCUCACCAGCACAGGCAGCGACAAAAUGUAGCUCCCAGCCCAGAGAGCCAGACACGCUUCAGACCUUUUCGAAAUCAGAAGGACUUCCGAAUCAUCACAAUGACUACCUCUUUGCUGGAGAAAUGUGGUUUCUACUGGGGUCCCAUGACAGUAGAGGAGGCACACUCCAUACUGAAAGAGGAGCCCUUGGGAACAUUUCUGAUCCGAGACAGCAGACAAAAAGACAUCUUCUUCACACUCAGCUACAGGGCUCCGUCUGGGCCCACUAGCAUCCGGAUCAAUUUCCAGAACUCGCGUUUCAGUCUGGUCGGCAGUAAGGAGUCGUUCGACUCACUCUUCAAACUGUUGGAACAUUACAUUGCUUCACCCAAGAAGAGUCUUGUUCGUCCUUAUAGGAAAGUCAAAUUGCUAUCUUUGCAAGAAUUGUGCCGAAAAAGGAUUAUUGAAACAUGCGGUGGAGAGAAAAUAGACAGUGUCCCGGUAAACCCUGUCCUCAAAGACUUCCUAAAUGCCUUUCCUUAUCGGAUAUGAAUACACGUCCAAAUGCAUUAAAUCCUUUGCUUGAUAUGUGGGAGAUACUUGAUGG